UCCACCUGUAAACGCAGGGGGAAACCAAUCCACUCCUUCCAACCUUUUCAAGUCCUUCGGGACGAUUUAGUCUGUGGCACGGCAUGCCAUUGUCUCUACGCACUUCACCCAUCAUCUUCAAUCAUGAAGGGGAAGCUGCGUGCCCUCAUGCCAGGCAUGCGCUGGGUCCCCCACGACAUCCCCUCGCAAGAGAACCCCACCAAGAAGCCCAAAUCGCGCAAUCCGUUUUCGCUACGCGCCUCAGAACCAGACCAUGGCUCGCUUCGCCCCCGCAAGUCAACCAUCUCGUUGACGUCGGAACCAGACGCUGAGAUCGAUACGCGCACGCAUGCCCAGGGCCAGAGCAUCUUCUUCGCGCGCCUGCCCAUUGAGUUGCGCCGCAUGGUGUACGAGUACGUCAUGGGCGAGGAGACUGUACAUUUGACGCUCAGCGCGAAGAAGAAGUUUGGACAUUUUCUUUGUGAUGCGCGAGAAGAAGUGGGGUUGGGAGGGGAAGUAGCGGGCAGCAUGGAAAACGAGAGGGACUGUUGGUGUCGCGUGCUCGUUGGUGGACGUAAAAGCGAACGGCUAGGUGGUGCAUGUGCGAACAUGCUGAGGGUUUGUCGAAGGAUGUACUCGGAAGCAGUCCCCCAUCUCUACCGCCCACACAUAUUCUCUAUCCUCCACCUGACGCACCUGCUCUACCUCCCAUCACGCGUCCCUUCGCAGCGCCUCGAUAGCAUUCGAACAUUGCGAUUGCGUUGGCACAUUCGCGCGCUUCCGUACCUAAGACGUGGGGGACGUCUCGCAUACCGUGAAGAUACAGCAAAUUGGGAGCGCGGAUGGGCGAUCAUCGCCGGCAUGCAAGGGCUACGGGAUCUGUAUGUGGUACUGGUAGACUCAAGUCCACAAGACUUGUGGGAGAGGAAUUGGCUGGAGUUGGAGGAGCAAUUGCUUACGCCUGUCAAGAAGGUAACCAAACCCACGUGGUUUGAGUUGAUGCUGCCGUACGCGACAUGUAGGACUGAAUGGGAUAUGGAGGAAAGUAGAGUGAGGCUGCGGAAGCCAGACGGCGAUGUCAAUGACGAGGAAGUCAGCUGAGUGUAUCGUUAAGUAGCUAGGAUAUCUUCAAUAAAUUAUGGCAACCAGGUCGGGCACUGAAAGAUUAGGUGGUGGCAUGCAG